GGCGUGCGGCCGCCAUGUCGCCGCGGAACGGGCGGCGCACCGGAGCGCACCGGGCGCACUCGCUCGCCCGGCAGCUGAAGACGAAGCGGCGCCGGCGCGACCUGGAUGAGAUCCACGCGGACCUGAAACCCGAGAACGCCGAGCGGCUGCUGCGGCAGGAGAUCGACCCCGACCUGCCGGGCUGCGCCCAGUUCUACUGCCUGCACUGCGCGCGCUACUUCGUGGACUUGAACAGCAUGAAGGAGCACUUCAGAUCCAAGGUGCACAAGAAGAGGCUGAAGCAGCUGCGCGAGGCUCCGUACACACAGGAGGAAGCUGAACGUGCCGCCGGGAUGGGCUCCUACGUCCCCCCAAAGAAGGUGGAGGUGCGGACCCAGCCCCUCGAGGAGGUCACCGAGAUGGAGACAUCCAGCUGAGCACAGGGACAGGGGACUGAGAGGCUGAGUGCCUCUGUAAGGACGUCUUUGUCCUCAGCUUUGUGACAAAAAUGUGUCCCAGCACUGCCAGGCAAAACCACCCUGCUCCUCCCACAGCCCCCCUGGCUAGGGCACUAACGAGGAGAAGGAGCCAGCAAGACCCUGGGUGCCCUCACUGAGUGUCCUUCUCCAGAAAGGGACAAGUUGCUUGUUCUCUGAGUGCUGCUGGGACUGCACACUUGUCUGUUUGCUUUGGGAGCAAUGCUCUGUCCUUGGGUUAGAGGUUAUUCCAGUGAUGCACUCAUUAAAAUAUGUUAAUUAACA